GUCGGCGUUUACGAUUUACAGAUUUCCAGUCAUAGGGCGUGUAGGAUUUUUUGUGAUAUAGUGGAAAGUGGCGACUCGUUGUCUCUGGGAAGGUCUUUCGUCUGCGUAUGAUCAUACAGCUUGACGGCAAUUCUCUGCCCGCGCUCAAUUGACAAUCAUGGCGUUCCCAAAGCCCUCGCCGAAACGCCUGUCGAACCUCCUCAAGCCCUUCCGCUCGCAGACCAGAAACUAUGCUGCUCCUGGCGAAGGCAAUAUUCCGCCGUCCAAGGCUCAAUACGUUCCUUCGUCUGGUACAUACCCCAAGGGCUUCCUCUGUGCUAGUGCCCACGUCGGUGUCAAAGCCUCCAACACACGCUUCGACGACCUCGCGUUGAUUGCUUCGGAAACACCAUGCUCGGCCGCGGCUGUGUUCACGCAGAACAGGUUCCAGGCUGCACCAGUGACAGUAUCCCGGGAGAUGAUCAGGAAACGAGGAGGGGACGGCAUUCGUGCGGUGGUGGUGAACUCGGGAUGCGCAAAUGCGGUCACUGGAAAAGGCGGGAUCGAAGACGCAGAGAAGAUGGGUAAACAGACGGAUCGAUGCUUUGGUGCGGCAGAGAGCGAGGACAGUCAAACUGUGGUGAUGAGCACUGGCGUGAUCGGACAGCGUCUGCCCAUUCAGAAGAUCCUCAAUAAGAUUCCUGCUGCAUACUCGAGCCUCGCAGCCACCCACGACGCAUGGCUCAAGGCCGCCCGCGCAAUCUGCACCACAGACACAUUCCCUAAACUCCUCUCCCGCCCCUUCACCCUCUCCAGCGCCCCAGGCACAACAUACCAUCUCGCAGGUCUGACCAAAGGCGCGGGCAUGAUCCACCCCAACAUGGCCACCCUACUCGGCAUCGUCUGCACCGACGCUCCCAUCUCGCCCGCGGCCAUCGCGCCCCUCCUCAGCUCCGCCAUCGAGCGCUCCUUCAACUCCAUCUCCAUCGACGGCGACACAUCGACAAAUGACACGGUGGCAUUGCUCGCAAACGGCGCUGCCGGUGGCGCAGAAAUCACGUCCGAAGCCUCACCCGCAUACGACGAAUUCAAGACCGUGCUGACCGACUUCGCCGCAGACCUGGCUAAGCUAGUUGUGCGCGACGGCGAGGGCGCAACCAAGUUUGUCACCAUCCGCGUGAAGAAUGCGCCGUCGUAUGCGGCUGGGAAACGCAUCGGCUCGUCUAUCGCGCGCUCGCCGCUGGUCAAGACGGCGCUGUAUGGCAAGGACGCGAAUUGGGGACGCAUCCUGUGCGCGACUGGCUACACGGACGGGCUUCCGGCAGGGACCAUUGUGCCGGAGCAGACGUCGGUGUCGUUUAUUCCGUCCGACGGCAGCGAGAAGCUGAACUUGCUCGUACGUGGCGAGCCGGAGAAGGUGGACGAGGAGCGGGCGAAGCAGAUUCUGGAGAUGGAGGAUUUGGAGAUUGAGGUCAAGCUGCGGGAGCAAGAGGGUGGGGAGGAGGCGGUGUACUGGACGUGUGAUUUCAGUCACGAGUAUGUGACUAUUAAUGGGGAUUAUCGGACGUAGUAGUAGACCGCGUGUGUCUUGCU